ACAAUUUCUUCCUAUCACAUUCACCAUUUCCACUCACAGGCAUGGCUCUAACUCCAAAUAAUUUCGGUUUCCCUUUCUUUUUCCCGCCACCCUUCUCUUUUCCAUCCCCUCCGCCACAUUUGGCACCAUCACCACCAUCCUCUCCUUCUGCCACGCCACCUCCACCACGCCGUCCUUUCAACCCACCUCCAUCUCCGGCAGCAAAACCACCUCCUCCAUCUCCAGUAAAGCCACUACCACCUCCUCCUUCUCCAGUAAAGCCACUGCCACCUCCAUCUCCAGUAAAACCACUGCCACCUCCAUCUCCGGCAGCAAAACCACCUCCUCCAUCUCCAGUAAAGCCACUACCACCUCCUCCAUCUCCAGUAAAGCCACUGCCACCUCCAUCUCCAGUAAAGCCACUACCACCUCCUCCUUCUCCAGUAAAGCCACUGCCACCUCCAUCUCCAGUAAAGCCACUGCCACCUCCUCACUCAGUUCCGCCUCCAUCACCAAUAAGACCACCGCCACCUCAUCCCUUAGCACCACCUCCUCCUCAUGUUGUUCCGCCGCCACCACCAUCAGGACACCAUUCCACGGUUAUAAUUGUCGUGUUUGUCUCUCUCGGUGGUCUCUUCUUCCUUGCAUUUCUCUCGGCCGCUCUCUGCUGCUUCCUCAAGAAGAAAAAGAAGAAGGUUCAGGAAACUGAGAUCAUAAACGUUGAUGAACAUCUCAAGAUUCAGGAGGCCAUAGUACCGGGGCCACAUGGUACACAAACUGUGCUACUAUCCAUUGAGGAUGAUGUGCAUAUACAAGAAGAAAUCAAGAAGAACGAGACGGUCGGAGAAGCUUCUCAUGUUAAAACCAUGAAGAGUCCUCCUCCUGCUCUUGAGCUUGGAGAAGGAUCAUCAGCCUACAACCAUCACCGUCUUGAGCACAAAGCAUGAUUGAAAUUUGAUAAAGCUGGUUUUCAAGGAUGAAAAAAGCCAUAUGUGCUUCUAUUUCCAUCCACAGUGUGACAGAUUCUUAAUCACUGUUUGUUUAUUUGGAACGAUUUUAUGGAAUAAAGACAAAAAUUGUCGUAUUAAAUU